AUUUCUACCACUAGCGUUAUAGCACAAUCGGGAAUCGUUUUUCUUCCUCCAAAUGGUGGAUCAUGGGUUAAUUGUACUACUGAUAUAACAACUGUCAGCUAUCAAAAUAUUAGCGUUAAAACUGUUGAUUUUUCGUUGCCUGUAACUGCUGGUUUUGGUUUUAACUUAGCGGGAAACUAUUCUUAUGAUCGCAUCCAAGGCAUCGGUUUUGAAGUAUCUUCAUACACUGAAAAUCCAAAUAUUGGGAUGACUAUCUCUGAAAUGAAUGCACUUGCUUCUGCCAAUGAUACUACCUAUUAUUGUGAUACACUUGAAUUUUAUACUACUCAAUGCGAUGACAAAUUUAAAGGGUUCCCUUCACCAGAUGAAGCCGAUCAACAGUGGUGCAUAGCU